GGCCCGACGGAGCACGCAACCGGCGCCCUGGCUGGUGAGUCCACAGUGCGCGUACCCGCGGGUUUAACGAACGACCCUCCCGCGCGAGCCAUCAUCACUGGCGCGAGGCAUACAGGGAGUCGAGACGGAGCGGCUUAUUAUUAUAUUUCGCCUGCUGUUAAUGUGGACUCUCCGGGCCUAGUUUUGUGACGAUUCGACAGUUGCGAUGAAUACUCGCGUGGGUGUUUUCGAGUGAUGCAAUGAGAGAAACGACACUUUCUUGCCCGUUUACCCUGCCCCGUGCAAGCCGCGAGCGCGGUGCAUGUAUGCGGCUGUGACGAGCUCCAGCAGAAGUACGUUAAGAUGCCGUUAUGGACCAAUAUGUGCGACUUUACGGCAAGAUUUUGGUAUUGAGGCGCAGUCUGAAGAUCGAAAUAUUGCAAUAUCUUUAGCUGUGGUUUUAAUUCACGCAAUUCCUUUAUUUUGGCCCCUGAUUGGAGUUACAUUGCGAGCUGACACAAGCAUAGGACCUCUUUGUUGGCGACCACUGACAACCUACCAAGAGGAAAAGGCUGAUUUGGGUGUCCCGACCAUAGAUACAGCCAUGGCAAAUGACUCAAUCCAAAGUGAUCCCGGUGGGUUGUCGGUUCUUGAACAGCUGGGCUUGGACCACAGCUCGGAUUUCUCUGACUCCAGCGUACAGCAGCGAUUGGAUGAACAGAGGGAGCGAAUCCGUCGAGAAAUUCGAAAGGAGCUGAAGAUUAAAGAAGGGGCGGAGAAUCUCCGCAGAGCCACUACGGAUAAACGUAAUGCUCAGCAGGUGGAGAGUCAGUUGCGGAGUUCCAAUCGGCGCCUGGAGUCGCUCCACGCCCAGCUGCAGGAACUUGAUGCUCAUAUUGUUGUCAAAGGCACUGAUGAAUCACGCGAUGAUGCACCUCAUUCUCCGGGUGCAGAGAGCAGGUCGUCGGCGCAUAUGGACCGAAUUGCCGCCCUGGAAAGGCAGCUAAACAUUGAGCUCAAAGUCAAACAAGGCGCUGAAAAUAUGAUCCCUAUCUACGCCAAUGGCUCUACCAAGGAUAAGAAGAUGUUGCAGACCGCUCAGCAGAUGCUACAGGACAGCAAGACUAAGAUCGACAUCAUCCGCAUGCAGAUCCGGAAAGCAAUGCAGGCCAACGAAUACAACGAUGAUACACAGGAAAAGCCUGACCCGUGUGGUAUGGAGCUACGGAUCGAGGAGCUCCGGCAUCAUUACCGCGUGGAGCAUGCUGUUGCCGAGGGAGCAAAAAAUGUCCUUCGACUCCUGGGAGCCGGGAAAGUACAAGACAAGAAAGCCAUGUCAGAGGCUCAGUGUCGUCUGAGCGAGUCGUCUCAGAGGUUGGAUCUUUUGAGAGAUUCACUGGACCGGCGGUUAGCGGAACUUCCGGAGGAUCAUCCCAAAGCCUCCGUGAUUAAAGAGGAACUGGUUUUAGCCUCCUCUCCGGCAUUCAGCUCACGCCACAGCGCCCCCUACGUGCACAACCAGUACAGCACCCUCUCCAAACCCUCUCCCCUCACUGGCACGCUUCAGGUGAUCCUGUUUGGCUGCGUGGGUGUGCUGGAAACUGUUCCCGGUCGUGUCCGAGGGAGCCAGGUCGUGUUGCCGUAUUACAGUCCUGGAGAGGGGCGCUCCUUCAUGCGGAGCGGAAAAGGCCUGUACAGUCGCAGCGGCAGCGUUAGUGGAAAGACGCCCACCAAAACUGAUGAUCACUCCUCGGAGGUGAGUGCAGUACUAAAGCUGGAUAACUCAGUAGUGGGUCAGACCGCAUGGAAGACGGUUGGAGAGCAGAGCUGGGAUCAGACUUUCACCAUCGAGCUGGAGAGAUCCAGAGAGAUGGAGAUUGCAGUAUACUGGAGAGACUACCGUUCGCUGUGUGCGUUGAAGUUUCUUAAACUUGAGGAUUUUCUGGACAACCAGAAACACCAAGUGCAACUGGAGCUAGAACCACAAGGACUUCUUUUGGCUGAGGUCACAUUCUUUAACCCCGUGAUCGAGAGAGUUCCUCGACUGAAACGACAGAAGAAAGUUUUCUCCAAACAACAGGGUAAAGCGUUCCUGCGAGCACGACAGAUGAAUGUUGAUAUCGGCACGUGGGUGAGAUUACUGAGGAACGCCAUCCCGACUGGCAACAACACGGGAACCUACAGCCCUCACGCACACACCGUACAGACAGGAGAGAUAUCGGUGGAGAAGUUGAGUUUAGACAAUGACACGCCAAUAAAGGGGGAUAUCCGGCGAGACGUGACAGAUGUGCAAACUCCGGAAAGACAACCAGUCAUCGAACCCGUCUCUGCUCCUGACCCCACCACACCCGAAAGACCGAACAGAACUCAUUCACUCUCCAGUAAAGAUAAGAAGACGCCUCUGAGCCUACAGGAUUUCCGGCUGAUCGCUGUUCUCGGCAGAGGCCAUUUUGGCAAGGUGCUGCUGGCAGAGUAUAAGAAGUCAGGCAGCAUGUAUGCUAUUAAAGCUCUGAAGAAGGGAGAUAUUGUGGCCAGAGAUGAAGUAGAAAGUUUGAUGUGUGAGAAGCGCAUUUUCGAGACUGUGAACAGCGUGCACCAUCCCUUCCUCGUCAACCUGUUCGCGUGCUUCCAGACUCCCGAGCAUGUGUGUUUUGUGAUGGAGUACACGGCCGGAGGAGAUCUGAUGAUGCACAUACACGCAGACGUCUUCAAUGAGCCACGCGCUGUGUUUUAUGCCGCUUGUGUGGUUUUAGGACUUCAGUUUUUACACGACAACAAGAUUGUGUACCGAGAUCUGAAGUUGGACAAUUUGUUGCUCGACACAGACGGUUAUGUGAAGAUCGCUGACUUUGGGUUGUGUAAAGAAGGCAUGGGGUUUGGGGACAGGACCAGUACGUUUUGUGGGACUCCAGAGUUUUUGGCUCCUGAGGUUUUAACAGAUACGUCGUACACACGUGCGGUGGAUUGGUGGGGGCUCGGAGUGCUUAUAUACGAGAUGCUGGUGGGAGAGUCCCCGUUUCCUGGUGAUGAUGAAGAGGAGGUUUUCGACAGCAUAGUGAACGAUGAAGUUCGUUACCCACGAUUCCUUUCAUCAGAGGCCAUUGGCAUCAUGAGGAGGUUACUACGGAGAAAUCCAGAAAGACGAUUGGGCUCCAGCGAGAAAGAUGCAGAGGAUGUAAAGAAACAACCUUUCUUCAGGAAUAUGAACUGGGAGGAUCUUCUACUCCGUAAACUCCCUCCACCCUUCCUUCCCUCCAUCAGAGGAAAAGAGGACAUCAGCAACUUUGACGAAGAGUUCACGGCAGAAGCGCCGAACCUCACCCCACCGCGAGAACCCCGGGUGCUCUCACGCAAGGAUCAGGACAGCUUUCGCGACUUUGACUACGUGUCUGACCUCUGCUGAGAGCUUCUUCACUGUGAUAGCACUGUAGAGAGACAAUUACGGUCCGUGACUCUGUGACCUUAAGAGAGGCCAAUUUCGGUGUUUGGUUGUGUACGUUUUGUGCUGGACCUGUGAACACUGUGAUGGGCAAGAGAGAAUUGAAAAGGCGAAAUGAGAAGAUGUUUCGAAUUGGAUAGACAGAGAUGGAGAGAUUUGCUUUGAGGAUUGUUUGUUUGUUGCCAGUUGGUUCAAAGGCAUUUCAAAGAAUAUUUCAAAUUAUUCGUCUUGUCAUACAGGUCCACAGAGCUCAAUUUCUUUUCUGUUUUGUUUUGAUUGACAGGAUAUAUCGGCCAUGACUAGCAGUUUUUGUACUUGUUUUUAUUGUCCGAUACCCAUUAUUUUACCGAUAUAUCGGUGCAUCUUUAGUAAAAAAAUAAGGUCUAAGUACUUAAAAUGAUCCACUACUUACAUACACAGACUACUGGCUGUGUUAUUUUAUUCACAGUACAAUGAAUCUUUAUGUUGAACACGUACGUUUACGUUGACCUUUACGUUUACAAUGAAAUAGUCGCUAUGUUUUAGCUGUCAAAUUUCAAGGGAUUUUAAAAGACUUGUUUGGCAAUCGAUAAGCUAUAAAUCAUUGUGCAAAUAGUUUUAAGGCUAAUUCACACUGAUCCAAUGAACGCCAGUGGACCAUGGUUACUGUAGUACUGGGGGACCUGGGUUUGAUUGCCAGUCAGGAAACGUGACUUUUGGGGCAGUCAUGACCUAAUAGAAAGUCAGGCUUGUUGAUUCUCACAGUCGUCAGGUAGCAACUGUGUCCUUGAUCAAGGCACCUUAUCCCCAAAUCCUCCCCAGCGCUGCAGUGAUAGCUGUCCAGUGCUCUGUGUAUAUGCGUAUGUUUACGACUUGCAGUGCGUGGGUUCACUACUCACUGAGAUGGGUUAAAUGCAGAGGUCACAUUCUGAGUAUGGGCUGCCAUACUUGACAAUCACGUCACUUUUAUAAAACCAUGGUUUUGUCAAUGCCAAUCGCAACUUUUAAAAACCAUUGUUACUAAAAUAAACAUAGUUAAAGGGACACUCCACUUUUUUUGAAAAUAUGCUCGUUUUGGAAUCCAUCCAGCCGAUCUCCGGGUCUGGCGGUACCACUUUUAGCAUAGCUUAGCAUAAUUCAUUGAAUCUGAUUAGACCAUUAGCAUCGCGCUAAAAAAAUAACCAAAGAGUUUCGAUAUUUUUCCUUUUUAAAACUUGACUCUUCUGUAGUUACAUCGUGUACUGAGACCGACGGAAAAUUAAAAGUUGUGAUUUUCUAGGCAGAUAGUUAGGAGCUAUACUCUCAUUCUGGUGUAAUAAUCAAGGACUUUGCUGCCGUAACAUGGCUGGUUACGGCAGCAAAGGAGGUGCAAUGAUAUUACGCAGCGCCCGAAAAUAGUCCCCUGCUAUUGAAAUAACCAAGGGGACUAUUUUUCGGGCAGUGCGUAAUAUCACUACGCCUGCUGCAGCCAUGUUACAGCAGCAAAGUCCUUGAUUAUUACGUAUAGUUGCUAGCCAUAUCGGCCUAAAAAAUCGCAACUUUUAAUUUUACGUUGGUCUUAGUACACAAUGAUCAGUGUGAAUUAGUUAGUUAGUCACAUAAAUAGUCUGAUGCAUAUUGUAGCCCAAUCUCUCCUAAAUACUGUAUAUUUAGAUAUAAAGGGGCAAUGUUAAACCACCAAUUACAUUUUUCUUGUGUAGAAAAAGUAAUGUUUUUGCAAAUAUGAGUACCAUACCCUGACCAGGGGCAACAACAGCGAAGUGCAACUUAGAAACUUUUAUUUUUGUGAUGUCAUAACUGAUAGCUCCACCCACAAAGAGAUCUCAUUCAAUGGAUCCCAUUUAUGCGUAUCAUCAAUAUUGAAUAUCAAACAUAGACAACAAUAAUAUUUUAAUGGACCAUUUGUGUGUUGCUGGUUAGGACACAUUUUCAUUUACUUGAAUUUGAUUGCCACCAAAGAACCAACUGGCAAAAACUAAAAAAAUCUUUCUCCAUCCAGCCUGCCUUUUUUUUAAGUGAUAUCCACUGAAACCGAACAUUACUGCCUGAAUAAUCUCCAUUGGACCGACCUGGACCUAGUAACCCGCAGUGUUAAAGAGACGUUUUCAUGCAUACACUGUGACAUAUCAGAAAAAAGUGAGUUGCACCAAGAGCAGCGGUUAAUUUAUGCGUGACCAAUAAUGAAUGUGCAUUUGCUCUUAGUGGUUGAGGAUUUAAAACUCUUUACAGUUAUUUGUUUUGGGUUUGUCUAUAAAACGCUUUUACAUGUACAACUAGCAUAUUGAAAUUUAGGAGAAAAGCCCACUAACCAGCUAAGUCUCCACCCAUUAAGUGCACUUUGAGGAUGGAUUUAAGAACAGACUGACCUCUCAUCCGGGGUCGGUUUGAACAAACUGCCUUAAAUUAAUGUUGGUCCUGUCUGCCCUGGUUUUUAUCUAUCCCGUUUAAUCUUUCAAUGUUAGCCAUGGAGACAAACAGCAGAAAGUUUCAUUUUAAUUGGAAAACCAAAUGUAAUAUUACUAAUGCAUCGAUACGGUUGGUCAGCAUCACUUUAUUGUUGCAGAAAAGAGAAAUGCAUUUAUGUGAUAUGUAAAACUGGUGCAUGUGGUGUCAUGUGAUCAAAUUCAGACUGACCUUCUGAUCUAUGGGAACGCUCAUGUCCAAUCAUUGUUUUAACAAAGUAUAUCGGGAAACAUUUUUGACAUUUGGUAAAGGGGUUUACAAACACUUUCUGUUAAAAGACUUAGUUGCCUCUAACAACAGAUGGUUUGUAAGGAGUUGUCUGUGUUUUAAAAGUUUUUUAAAUUCAUUUUAAUUUUAGUUAUCGGAUUUGCAGUCUGUUAUAUGUUGUAGUUACGAACGAAAUGACCGACUAGUGACUGUUACAGUAAAGAAGCAGACAUGUGUGCUUGUUCUGGUUUCACACCCUUUAUUACCUCAAAGCUGUUUUAUGCCUUUCGUCAGUUUGUGAAGUUUUUUGGACUGUUGGUUUAGAAGGACCUCUCAUUUCGAGGACAGAGACUAAAGAAACGGACCAUCGUACCAUAUCUAUAGAAGCUGAUUAAUAAAUUGUUUUUAACAUACAUGCACAUACACACUACACACACUGUGAAAAAUUGUGUAGCAAAAUUGCGGCCACCAAUUAUACACCCCAAACACAAAGUACAAUAUUUGCAACGGAACUGCAAUCUCUUGCUAUAACAAAACAAAUGUUAUUCUUCUUUUCCUGAAAAGAGCAGAGUAACGCAAGUCCUGUGAGAUUAUACAGUUCAUCAAAGCUAUUACCUGAUUUGUAUUUAUAAAAAUGUUGUUGAAAUUGUUUGUGUUUUGUAUGUCAGUCUCGAAUUGUUCAUUUGACUACACCCUUUAGAAAUGAAAAAUAAACAAUGAUAUUCUGAGGA